CAAUCUGUAGAUAUAAUCAGUUCCUUCUCUGGAUAUGGAUAGGAUUUUUCAUCAUAAAUUCUUCAGAAUAGUCAUGGAUGAUUGUACUACUGAGAAUAGCAAAAUCAUUCACAAGUAGUCAUCCAAGAAUAUGAACAAGGCUCUUCUUAUAAAGUAUGCCAUGAUUAAUAUACACCUUAGAGUUUUUCCUGUUGUGAUCUAUUGUCAUUUGCUAAGGGUUUUUAUCCAUUUUAAUUUAUUAGCUCAUAUAGAAUACAUUUCCAAUGAUCACUUUCAUGUGAGAAGUGGCACUGGAGGGUCUAUCAUACAGCAAGAAUUUUUUCUGAAAAGAAAUUUUUUCUGAAAGAUAUACAGAAAGACAUAAUAAAGAGCAUGCAGGAUGUGGAGGCCCAAGAGAAUUGUGAUUUGUAUCAGUGGAAAAAGGAUCCCAGACAGUGAAAACACAGAUUGACCAAACAAUCAAAACUUGUACUUGAGUGAGAAAUCAGAUCCUUUUGUUCUUGAUUCAUUUAAUUCUCAAAGGUACACAACUUCAUUCUGACUCAAAUAGCUAUUGUCACUUUAAAAUUGGAGUCUGAAACAUUUCAUUUUAAGUAGCAUUAGGCACAUUUUGCAAAAAAGCUGAGCUCAAGAUGGUUUUGCACACACAGAACUUGGUUAUUAAACUCUGCUUUUCUUAACUCCAAUACACAGUUCCUUCCUUUAAUACAUUUAUAUAUUCUUAAGACUUUUACAGAUAAAAAUUAUAAACCUCAAAAUACUGGGAUUUGGUUCAAAUAUCUAAACCAAUGCAUUUUGAGAGGGUUUGAAACAUCUCCUUCUCCCCCAAACCUUAAAGUACCAAAGAAAAAUGACUAAAACACUCCAGGUUUUGCUUUAGACUUGUGAUGAAGUGUUUAAAAUUUUUUUGUGUGUCAGUGCCUACACAGCUGGGAAAUUCCUGGGAUGAUUGUGUGAUGAUUAUGUAAGUGUAUACUUCUCUAUUUUUCUUUCUGAGAUCAUUGCUGCACUUCCACUGUAUUUGGAACUCUUCCACCUCUAGUCUUCUGUGAGUUUUUGAUUUGGCAGGACUGCAGUUGACUUUCCCUUCAGUUAGAAGACAAUAUUCCUACCAGCAGGAGGCAAUAUCUGAACAUGUUCACUUAGAUAUAUUCAUUCUUGGUGAAUGACAUUGUUUCCUUAUCUGCGGCUGUACCAAAUCUGAAAAAGAAACAAGACUACUAUUUUUGAUGACAAACUCCUCCCUACUGCAAACCCAGACACCAUCUUUCUGCUCAUCUGACAAACAACGUCUCUUCCUCCCUUCUGUGAAUUCAAAUAUGGAUGGGAUUAAGACUAUUUUUAAAUUCCUCACUAAUCAGAAAAAUGUCAUUGGUUACAGCUUUAUGGCUUUGCUGACACUAGGAGGUGAACGUCUCUUCUCGAUUGUUGCUUUCAGAUGUCCAUGUAGCACUGAAAACUUUACCUAUGGAUUGGUCUUUCUCCUUGCCCCAGCAUGGGUGUUGUUGAUCAUUGGGUACUUUUUGAAUAGCAGGAUGUGGAGACUAUUCACAGGAUGCUGCGUAAACCCCAGAAAAAUCUUCCCCAAAGGGAACAGCUGCCAUUUCUUUUAUGUCUUUGGCCAGAUCACUUUAAGUGCCCUGGUGGCGCCAACGAUGUGGCUUUCUGUGGCUUUGCUCAAUGGGACCUUUUAUGAAUGUGCCAUGAGUGGCACCAAGAAUCCACAUUUCCUGAAGAUGAUUUGCAAGGACAAGUCUUCUGAGUGCCUACAAGAGCUGUACAAAGUAGCUUGUGGGAAAACAAGCAUGUCCUCUGCAGAUACCCAGGAAUUGAAGCUAACUCUACAAGCACAGUCUCAGAUUCUAGGGUGGUGUGUGAUUUCUAUGGCUGCCUUCUUCUCUCUGAUGACCACCUGCUAUGUCAGGUGCCGAUCUAAGAUCAGCCACCUUCAGAUGAAGUUCUGGAAGAUCUAUGCAGAGCAGGAGAAAGAGCAGUUUGAGCAAACCUUCCAGCAGUAUGCAACCAGGCUGAGUGAAAGGAACCUAAAAUGUUUUUUUGAAAACAAAAAGCCAGAUGCUUUCCCCAUGCCCACCUUUGAAGCCUGGGAGGCUGCUUCAGAGCUUUACUCCUUUAACCGAACUCAGCAACACUAUAGCACCCUCCACCGGGUGGUGGAAGAUGGGCAAGGAAUCAAUUCUGAAGAUACAGAGACAUCUUUGGACUUUGUAGACAAUAGGGCUAUUGUCUAGCAUGUAGAAAAGCAUGAUUUCUACCCUUUUUACAUUUUUAAAAAAUGCUCUAUAUCCUACAUUUGGGGAAAUCUUCACAUUUCAUUAACCAAAAAGGCUCUUAAAGCAGUUCGUAUAACGGUUAGAGCGGCACAGAGAUCAGCUUGUGAUUAGAAAGAUCUGGGUUGAACUCCUGCCUCCAAACUGGCCUACUUGAUGUCCUGUAUGGAUUUCAUCCCAUCUCCCACAUCUAUGUAGGCUGUCCUUCCUUCCCAAAACGUAUGCCUUCCUCACUGCCAUAUCUUGGAUUGGAAUCUCUAUAUCCUUCAAAGCUCAGUUGAAAUGCUACCUUUUCGAGAAGGCCUUAUUGAUAGAACUUUCCAUCCUCCCAAAAUAACUUUGUAUUUGCUUUGUAUAUAUUUUGUAUUUGCUUAUAUGUAUAUGCUUCUCCCUAAUAGAAUACAAGUUCUGUGAGAGCAGAGACUAUUUUAUUUUUUUCUUUUUAUGUUCCUAGACCCUAGCAGAGUGCCUGACACAUAAAUAAUUGUCAUGAAACAAAUACGUGCUAAUUGAUUGACUUGGCACUUGCUAUAGUAGCUUUCUGAGCAUGGACAAUUCAUUUAAUCACUUUGAACCUCAGUUUCCUUAUCUGCAAAAUAAAAAUAAUAGAACUUGUAUUACUAUCACAAUAAGUGUAUAUAUUCGUAAAAUGUAAAGAAUUAUAUAGGAAUCAGUUGUUAGUGUCAAUGUUGUUAUUACUAUUAUUAUUGAGAGGUAAUAUAACGUAGGAAGUAGCUAGAUGGCACAGUGAGCAUUGAACCUGGAGUCAAAAAGACCUGAAUUCAAAUCUAACCUCAGUUACUUAUUAGCUGUAUGAUCCUGAGAAAAUCACUUAACCCUGUUUGCCUCAAUUUCCUCAUCUAAAAUGAGCUGGAGAAGGAUGUAGCAAACCGCGCUAGCAUCUUUGCCAAGAAAACCCCAAAUGAGAUCAUAAAGAGUCAGGCACAAUUAAAAUAGCUAAUAACAACAACAAAAUAAGUGCUAAUUGAUUGACUUGAUGCUGCCAUAAUGGCUUUCUAACUAUGGACAAAUCAUUUAAUAUGGAAAAUAAAACCUAUAAUAUCCACCUCACCUGUGUGAAAAAGUGUAUUUACAAACCUUAAAAGUCUAUGGAGGUGUGAAUAUAAUAAUAAAGAUGACAAUACUACCUAAACUAAUCUACUUACUUAGUGAUAUAUCAAUCAAAUCCCAAGAAACUAUUUUACUGACUUAGAAAAAAAUAACAGCAAAAUUCAUCUGGAAGAACAAAAGGUCAAGAAUUUCAAGGAAAUUAACAGGGGGAAAAAACAAAUGAAAGUGGCAUAGCUGUACCAGAUCUAAAACUAUAUAAUAAACAACAGUCAUCAAAACUAUUUGGUACUAACUAAGAAAUAGACUAGUUGAUCAGUGAACUAGGUUAGGUUUAUAGGACAAAAUAGGCAAUAACUGUAGCAAUCUAGUGGUUGACAAACCCAAAGAGCCCAACUUUUGGGAUAAGAAUUCAUUAUUUGACAAAAAUUGCUGGGAAAACUAGAAAUUAGUAUAGCAGAAAUUAGUCAUGGACCCACACUUAAAACCGUACACCAUGAUAAGGUCAAAAUAGGUCCAUGCCCUAGGCAUAAAGAAUGAGAUUAUAAAUAAAUUAGAAGAACAUAGGAUACUUUACCUCUCCGACCUAUGGAGGAAGAAGGAAUUUGUGACCAAAGAAGAACUAGAGAUCAUUAUUGAUCACAAAAUAGAUAACUUUGAUUAUAUUAAGUUAAAAAGUUUUUGUACAAACAAAACUAAUGCAGACAAGAUUAGAAGGAAAGCAAUAAGCUGGGAAAACAUUUUUACAUUUAAAGGUUCUGAUAAAUGCCUCAUUUCUAAAAUAUAUAGAGAAUUGACUCAGAUUUAUAAGAAACCAAGCCAUUCUCCAAUUGAUAAAUGAUCAAAGGAUAUGAAUAGACAAUUUUCAGAUGAAGAAGUUGAAACUAUUUCUAAUCAUAUGAAAAGGUGCUCCAAAUCACUAUUGAUUAGAGAAAUGCAAAUUAAGACAACUCUGAGAUACCAUUAACACACCUCUCAGAUUGGUUAAGAUGACAGAAAAAGAUAAUGACAAAUGUUGGAGGGGGUGUGGGAAAACUGGGACACUGAUACAUUGUUGGUGGAGUUGUGAAUAGAUCCAAUCAUUCUGGAGAGCAAUUUGGAACUAUGCUCAAAAAGUUAUCAAAUUGUGCAUACCCUUUGACCCAGCAGUGUUUCUACUGGGCUUAUCUCCAAAAGAGAUCUUAAAGGAGGGAAAGAGACCCACCUGGGCAAAAAUAUUUGUGACAGUCCUUUUUCUAGUGGCAAGAAACUGGAAACUGAAUGGAUACCCAUCAAUUGGAGAAUGAUUGAUUAUAUUAUGAUAUAUGAAUAUUAUGAAAUAUUAUUGUUUUGUAAGAAAAGAUCAACAGGAUGAUUUCAGAAAGGCGUGGAGAGAUUUACAUGAACUGAAACUGAUGCUAAGUGAAAUGAGCAGAACCAGGAGAUCAUUAUACACAGCAACAACAAGACUAUACGAUGAUCAAUUCUGAUGGACAUGGCUUUCUUCAACAAUGAGAUGAUUCAAAUCAGUUCCAAUUGUUUAGUGAUGAAGAGAACCAUCUACACUCAGAGAGAGGACUGUAGGAACUAAGUGUGGACCACAACAUACCAUUUUCCCUCUUUCUAUUGUUGUUUGCUUGCAUUUUUUCUUUCUCAGUUUUUUUUUCCUUUCUUGAUCCAAUUUUUCUUGUGCAACAAGAUAAUUGUGUAAGUAUGUAUACACAUAUUGGAUUUAACAUAUAUUUUAACAUUUUUAACAUGUAUUGGACUACCUGCCAUCUAGGGGAUGGAGUAGGGGGAAGAAGGGGAAAAUUUUGGAACAGAAGGUUUUGCAAGGGUCAAUGUUGAAAAAUUACCCAUGCAUAUGUCUUGUAAAUAAAAAGCUUUAAUUUAAAAAAAAGUCUAUGGAGAUAUCAGUUGUUGAUGAAAGUGUUGUUAUUUUUACUAUUAUUAUUGAGAGGUAGUGUAAGUAUCAUAGAGAUCUGAUUUCAAAUCAGAAAGAGCUGGGUUACUCUGGCUAUAUGACCAUGGAUGAAGUUUGGGGCCAUAGGUUAAAACUCUGUGCAGAACAGGUAUCAGUCAACUUUGGUAGAGAGACUUUCCUUAUCAGGAGUUCUAUCCACUUAGGAAAUAGCAAAUCUAUUCUAAAAAACCAUUAUUAUCAUCAUUAUCACUAUUUAUAUUUCUUCUCCCUUAUAGCUUCUUUAUAGGGGGAAAAAAGAAAAAUAAUUUUAAAGUUAUUCCCUGGUCAUCACAUCACAUCAAUGUGUAAAGUAUUUUAUUAAUUUUUAAAUAGUAUUUUAUUUUUCAAAAUAUAUGCAAAAAUAGUUUUCAAAUUUACCUUUGCAAAACUUUGUGUUCCAAAUUUUUCUCUCUUUCCUCUCCUAGACAGCAAGCAAUCCAAUAUAAGUUAAAGAUGUACAAUUCUAAACAUAGUUCCAUAUUUGUCAUGCUAUACAAGAAAAAUUAGAUCAAAAGAGGGAAAAAACAUGAAAAAGAAAAAAACAAACAACAAAAAAGGUGAAAAUUCUAUAUUUUAAUCCAUAUUCAGUCUCCAUAAUUCUCUCUCUGGAUGUGGAUGGCACUUUCCAUCACAAGUCUAUUUAAAUUGCCCUGAAUCAUGUGACAAACUGUCUAGUAUCAUAUUUUAAUAAAACAAAUGCCAAAGGGUAUGUGUUAAAAA